AUGCGAAGGUACCUGUUGAUUACCUGUUUGUUUGUCUUGUGCUACGAAAAAUUAAAGCAUGUGAACUUUUUAAAGUGGGAGCAGGAAAAAGAUUUUUAUUAUAUAAAUAACGAGAAAUUAUUAAAAAGGGUAUUAAAUAAUGUAGAGCAAGUAAAUGUAAAACAAACUAAGGAAAUAACAAAAGUUGAUAAACCCAUAGGAUUUGUUAUAAGGAAAGAGAAAUUUGUUACGUUAGACAAAGAAACAAAAGAAGAAAAGAUCCUUAAGGAUAAUUUGGUAGAAGCUAUAUUAGUUGAUCCUAAGAAAGAUGAAGAAUUAAAAGUUGAUAUAAAAGAAACAAAUAUAGAUGAAGAUAGUAAAAAAAAAAAACAAAAAAAAGAAAAUGAAAUUAUUAAAGAUGAUACAUCUAAGGAUAAGGAUUUGUAUUCAUUUCCUAAAGAUCCGAUUACUCUCCAUAAAAAAAAAUUAAAAGAAGAAAAGAAUUUUGUUAUGAUAAAAGAAUUUGUAAAAGAUUUAUCUAGUCGAGAUGAAAAUGUAUUAAUAUCUAAUGUGAACAUUUUUUUAAAAAGAAUAUUUAAUUUGAUAUUGAGGGAAAAAAUAAUUACUGCAAUGUGUUCAGAUGUGCAAAAUGAGGGAAUACAAAAUAAUGACACACAAAAGAAGGGCACACAAAAUAAUGACACACAAAAUAAUGACACACAAAAUGAUAACACACAAAAUUAUGAUGGCAAAGAUAACAAUUCAGAAUGCUUGAAAAAUAAUAAGAAUUGUAAUUUCGAUAACAAAAUCAAGAUUAAAGAUUGUAAUAAGGGUUCCAUAAGUUGUUUUUUGUCAAACAUUAAAAAUGAAGAAUUUUAUAAAGCUCCAGAUUUAUUUAAAUAUUAUAUAUCAUUAGAAAGAAUGUUGAGGAGCUCUUCUAUUCGAUCUAAAACAGAUAGGAUAUCAAAAUAUUUUACUUUUUAUCCAAUAUCUAUAGAUAAAGAAUAUUAUGAAGAGAAAAUAAAUAAUCAUGCAUUUUUAGAAGCAGUUAGAAAUAUAUUAUUUGAUUUACAUGAAGGAAAUAAAAAGGAUAAAAAAAAGGUUUUUUCGAGUUUUGUAAUAGUUGUAGAUACAUUAAUAUCUUUAAUAAAACAAGAAAAGGUAGUAAAAGAAAUGUAUAUAUUUAUACAUUUAUUUUUUCAAGAUUUAAAUUUAUUAAAUAAAAAAAUAUUAGACAUUCUAUUAAAAAGUUCUUUUAAGCCAGGAACAUCAUAUAAUAUUCCAGAUUUCAAUAAGAAAAAUUUUGAAUUUAUUUUAUCAAGAAUAUAUACAAGAUAUGUUUUAAAUAAUUUAUUAAAUAGGACAUUCAAUAAUUCAGAUACCAUCCAUAUGUCUGAUUUUUUAAAUAACAAAAUAAAACCUUUCAAUUUUAGUUUUACGGAAACAAGUGUGAACUUGCUAAAGAAUGAGAGCAUUCAGAUAAGGGAUGAUGACCUUUUGGUGAGCGAAGAAAAUUUGUGUAAAUAUAUACCUAUCAAAAAAAAAUUAUUAUAUGAAAAACUUAACAAGACGAGGAAAGCUGCAGAGGAAGCAAUACUGGAUUAUAUAUUUAAACUUUUAUUGAGAAAAUUACAUGAAUUUAUAACAGAAUAA